AUGCCUCGUUUCGCAGCUCUUCUUCCCCUUGCCUAUGCACUGGGCGCCUUUGCCCAGAGCGUGGCAUACACUGACCCCAACACUGGUAUCGACUUCAUGAGUUACGAGGACUCCGAGUCUGGAGCACGAUUCAGUGUUGCCACACCUGAGACUCUCGGCACGGAUUUCAUUGGUCAGAUCGUUGCUCCUACAACUGAGGGAUGGGCCGGUCUUGACAUGUCUGCUCAGAUGGCAAACCACAUUCUGGUCGUCGCAUGGCCUGACGGUGACAAGGUCAUGGCUUCCGUCCGUGAAGCAACUGGUUACACUACCCCUCCCGUUUACUCAGGAAACGUGACCACCACUCCCAUCGCCAAUGGUACUUUUGUCAACAGCACUCACUUCUCUUACACUUUCGUCUGCAAUGGAUGCAUCACUGGCGAAUCAGACAGUUUCCCCAACACCGUCAAGGGUAAUGCUUUCGGAUGGGCCUACUCUUCCGAUGCACCUGCUAAGCCCUCUGCCGCCGACACUGCUUUGAACAUGCACUCUGGAUAUGACUACGAUACUUGGGCUUCCUGGGCUGAAGCAACUGCUCCGGCUUCUACAACUCCUGCCAAUGGCAGUGCAAGCUCAACCUCUACUACAGGUCAGAGCAGCCCUUCUGCCGCCCCCGUCGCCACCACCUUGAACACAACAUAUGACUACAUCAUUUCGGGUGCAGGACCUGCCGGUAUCAUCGUCGCUGAAAGACUUGCUGAGUCUGGUGUUGAGGUUCUCCUUCUCGAGCGUGGUGACGCUUCUACCUACGCAUCGGGUGGUCAUGCUGUCCAGUCCUGGAACGAUACUGUGACCCAAUACGAUGUUCCUGCCAUGGCCUACUACCUCGCUUCUGCUGGCGUCACCAACGAGUACUGCACUGACACUGCCGAUCAAGCUGGAUGUCUACUUGGUGGUAGCAGCAUGAUCAACGCUCUGAUGUUCGUCCGUCCCCAAGAACGCGACUUUGACGACAACUGGCCAACUGGUUGGAAGUGGUCUGACGUCUCAGCCUCUGCCGAAAGCUUCUACGAGAGAAACCCCGGUACUAUUGCUCCUUCCAAGGAUGGUCAACGCUACGACCAGGGUGCUUACGAUGUGCUUUCUACCUUCUUCACCAGCAAUGGAUGGUCCUCUGUCAACGCUCUUGAGGAACCCAACAAGAAGACAGAUGUCUUCUCGCACCCGCCAUGGAACAUCCAGGAUGGUCUCCGUGCCGGCCCCGUGUUGACAUACCUCCCUCUCGCCAAGGCAAAGAAGAACUUCCACCUCCAACUCAACAGCACUGUUAUCCGUGCUGUCCGUGAUUCUUCCUUCGUCACCGGUGUCGAAGUUGAGCUUGUGGAUGGUAGCCGUCAAAUCAUCAAUGUCAAGUCUGGCGGUAAGGUCGUUCUUGCUGGUGGCGCUCUGUCUACUCCCCGUAUACUCAUCAACUCUGGCAUUGGCCCUGCCGAUCAGAUCAAGACUGUCCAAGGUGGUAGCACUGGUGUCACUCUUCCCGAAGAGUCUGAGUGGAUUGAUCUUCCCGUUGGCAAGGGUCUCAAGGACCACCCCAUUGUGACUCUGAAGUUCAAGACCAAGUCCGCAUUGUCUUCUCUCGAUACCACUGCCUUCACCAAGCCCAACUCAACCGACGUCGAAGCGUUUGCUCAAGGCAGCGGUUUGCUUGUCCAGGGUGGCCAGCGUUUGAACUUCUGGUCUUCGGUCAAGGGUACUGAUGGCAUUGAGCGUUUCGUCCAAGGAACCUGCAACUCGCCUUCCAGUGACACCAUCAAGAUGAAGAUUUACCUUACCCAUGGUCUGACUUCUACCGGUGAGAUUGGCAUUACCGCAGAUGGCAAGACUGAAUACAUCACUCAGCCUUGGUUGAACACCGACGAGGACAAGGAAGCUCUUGCCUCUUUCGUCGACCGCUUGAUCAGCCUCACAACAGCCGAGAACUCGACUUUGACUCUUGAUGCCGGUCUCACUGCUUCCUCAAACGUUACCGGCGCUGAUCUGAUCAAGACUUUCGUUACUGGCAGCCACUUCGUCGGUACCGCCAAGAUGGGCGAAGACGAUGGUCGCAAGGGCGGUGCUGCAGUCGUUGACUUGGAUACAAAGGUCUACGGCACUGACAACCUGUUUGUCGUAGACGCUUCUUUCCACCCUGACUUGCCUACCGGCAACACCCAAGCCAUCGUCAUGGUUGCUGCCGAAGCUGCUGCCAAGAAGGUUGCUGCUGUAAAGGUUGGCGAUGCUCCUGUUGCUGCUUCUUCCCCUGCUGUGGUUUCUUCGGCUACUGCUACUCAAGCUGUUUCUUCUACUGGAAUGGCUUCUUCGACUGCUGUGUCUUCCUCUGCAGCUGCUGUGACUUCGGCUUCUGCUUCUGCUUCUAUCACUUCUGCUCCUACCUCUACAACCGAGACUGCUACUUUCACUGGCACCACAGCGAUUACUUCUGUCGCUGUACCCAGCCCUGCAUACACUGAAGUCCCCAAGUGGGGUCGUUGUGGUGGUAUUGGAUAUGAUGGACCUACUAAAUGUGUCUCUGGCUCAUCUUGCAAGUACCAAAAUGACUGGUACUACCAGUGUUUGUAA